GUCAUCUAUAUUUAUCCUCGAAAACCCGUUCAGCAGAUCAUCAAAAAAUUUAGUCUUUAUUACCUCGUACUUCGUUUGUCUGCAGAACUACUAUAUGGCACCCUGCAACAUGUCCAAGUCCAGCAACAACCUUCAAAGAACGGUGUCGGACAUAUCCUACGAGAUCUGCAAGGAAGAAAUCCAAGAUCAGAAGGCACUGCCACCAAUAUCAGAGGUUGAAGACGCCAAGUGUGAGUGCUGUGGGAUGAGCGAGGAGUUCACGACGGAGUACAUAGAGCGCGUGAGGGACAAGUACUUGGGGAAGUGGGUGUGUGGGCUGUGUGCUGAGGCAGUGAAGGAAGAGCUGGAGAAGAAUGGAGGGAGGAAAGAGGAAGCCCUAAACGCACACAUAAGCGCGUGUGUUAAGUUCAACAAGUAUGGAAGGGCUUUUCCUGUUCUGGUUCAAGCUCAAGCCAUGAAGGAGAUGCUGAAGAAGAGCAAUAAGCUUGAUGGAAGAAGAGUCAGGUCCUUUAACCCCAGAGACAGCAAUAAUGAUAACAAGAAAGGAGGCCUUGCAAGGAGUUCAAGUUGCAUCCCUCAGCUUAAUUUCUCUUGAGGGAUAAUGAUUCUCCUUCUUCUGAUUUAUAUCUUCUUCUGGCGCUAAUUAUUCUGCUCAAAUUCUUACAUGCUAUAUAUAUGUGUGCGUGUACAAUCAGAAUUUUUGAUCCGCAUCUGAAACUCACAUGUCAGAUACAAUCAAAACUAAGUUCUGAUUAUUGCAUGGACUUGUAUUAUAUAUGGUAUUUGAGAACUAGGGCAAUGAACUUCAUCUC